AUGACUCAAAAACCCUCCUGGAACCAGCCUUUCACUUCUUCAGAUCGAGAUUCGGAAACAUGCAGAGGCGAAGGUCGAUCUUUCCUGGGCGCAAUCGAUGUGAAGCGGUUGCCUUAUGGGGUUGAUUGUGAAGAGGAGGGUGGUGUUUCAUCCCCAAACAACACCGUUUCGAGUGUGAGCGGUAAGCGUAGCGAGAGAGAGAACAACGAGGAAGAACAUGACAUAGACAGAGCUUGUUCUAGAGGAAUCAGCGACGAAGAAGACGGUGAAACCUCAAGGAAAAAACUUAGGCUCUCCAAAGACCAGUCAAUUAUUCUUGAAGAGGGAUUCUUUUUACUGGAGACACAAUCCUUUGUUUUGGAUAUUCUUCUAAUAUUUACUCGGUAG